UGGAAAUGUUUCCCACAGAGCGGGAAGAAUUCUAUAGGACCGGCAGACGCGGGCGAAUUUAUAACAAGGUCUCCAAUCUGAAGAGAGUCUAUAAGAGGAUUCGUCAACAUACGGCCGAUGCUUCACUGGAUGUCUCAGGCCCGUCAUCGCCGGAGAGUACGAAUGUGAUAAAGGAAGAAGAAUACGUUGAUGAGUUCGCCGAUUUCCAUAUCCUAGAUAUGCGCAAGCAUAUCCAAAGCAAUGAGGAGCGCAUGAGUUUCUGGCAACGCACCCAAUCGACUCGUUUCAGGGAUAUUGAAAUCAUUGAAUCCUUGCAGGAUAUUUUGGAUAAAUGGCCUGAAUACAAACGAACGGAUGCCAUGGAAUAUAUCAACGCCGACUUCAGGGCCAAAUUUCCCAAGGCCACAAAAUUUUCCGAAAUUUUUCUCAAAAAUUUCAAAAAAUUGGAAAAGAUUUCAUAUCUCAAAGUCAAUACGACAUCGCCGAGCUUUAAGUAUAUGCAGCAGUAUAAGCACUGCAAUACAGAAUCCAAGCACUUGAUUAUUUUGUGGGUUCUGCAUCAGCUUGUGCCGCCAUUCCAUCAAGUGGUCAUCGAUGAGAAUGGUGUACGCCGUAAAAAACGCUAUACCACCUUGGAAUCACAGAAUGCCAGCAUCUGUAUACGUAGCUCCCUGGCCGAACUUGAAGAGGCCAUGAAAUUACGGCAAACUGCCACCCCACCCAUGAUGUUGGUGGUCGGCGAAUUGGGUGGAGAUAUUCGAGAAUCUUAUGUCUAUUUUGAGGAAAUGUAUUUACCCUGCCAAACGGUUCUGCAAGCGGCCGAACUAUGUAUGGAAUUGUAUUUCCUCUUCAAUUUGGCCUUUCCCGAAGAGUCGGUUUUGUACUAUAACUUUGCUCAGUCGCUGUUUUUGAAUAUUCCAACGGAAAUGAAACAUUCUAGGAUCUACACCACCAUAAAUGAGAUUGAGGCUUGUGAGGUGUAAGAGAAAGAGUAGAUAAUAUGUUUUAUUAAGAAAGAAAAAA